AUGAGAGCAGUAGUCCAGCCAUUGAGCGCCCCAUGGCGUCCCCAGCUCUCUGUCUACUCUGACACCUGCCCCCACCAGUCCUGCCACACUUCUUCUCCCAGGAAGUCUAAAAAGGAAUUCCAGCUGAAGCAGAGGAGUGUGGGUAAGUACCUGCCUCUGCACCCUUACCCUCUGCACCCCGCCCUCUGCACCCCUGCCCUCUGCACCCUUACCCUCUGCACCCCUACCCUCUGCACCCCUACCCUCUGCACCCCGCCCUCUGCACCCCGCCCUCUGCACCCCUACCCUCUGCACCCCUGCCCUCUGCACCCCUACCCUCUGCACCCCACCCUCGGCACCCCUACUCUCUGCACCCUUACCCUGUGCACCCCGCCCUCUGCACCCCUGCCCUCUGCACCCUUACCCUCUGCACCCCCGCCCUCUGCACCCCUACCCUCUGCACCCUUACCCUCUGCACCCCUGCCCUCUGCACCCCUGCCCUCUGCAUCCCUGCCCUCUGCACCCCUGCCCUCUGCACCCCGCCCUCGGCACCCCUACUCUCUGCACCCUUACCCUGUGCACCCCGCCCUCUGCACCCCCGCCCUCUGCACCCCUACCCUCUGCACCCUUACCCUCUGCACCCCUGCCCUCUGCACCCCCGCCCUCUGCACCCCUACCCUCUGCACCCCUGCCCUCUGCACCCCCGCCCUCUGCACCCCUACCCUCUGCACCCCUGCCCUCUGCACCCCCGCCCUCUGCACCCCCGCCCUCUGCACCCCCGCCCUCUGCACCCCCGCCCUCUGCACCCCUGCCCUCUGCACCCCCACCCUCUGCACCCCUGCCCUCUGCACCCCUGCCCUCUGCACCCCUGCCCUCUGCACCCCCGCCCUCUGCACCCCCGCCCUCUGCACCCCUGCCCUCUGCACCCCUGCCCUCUGCACCCCCGCCCUCUGCACCCCCGCCCUCUGCACCCCCGCCCUCUGCACCCCCGCCCUCUGCACCCCUGCCCUCUGCACCCCCGCCCUCUGCACCCCCGCCCUCUGCACCCCCGCCCUCUGCACCCCCUACCCUCUGCACCCUUACCCUCUGCACCCCUGCCCUCUGCACCCCUGCCCUCUGCACCCCCGCCCUCUGCACCCCGCCCUCUGCACCCCGCUUUCUGCACCCCGCCCUCUGCACCCCUCCCUCUUCCUCUCUUCCUUGACUCGAGCAUGGGGAUGA